AGGGAAGCCUGGCAUGCUGCAGCCCAUGGGCUCACAAAGAGUCAGACACGACUGAGAGACUGAACUGAGUGUGUGUGAGGUUCAUCAGCCCCAAGACAAGUCCCCAGCAGUUCUUGCUCCACUGGCUCGGAGGAGGGUGCAGGACAGAAAGACUGUCCCUGGAAGCUUCAUGUGACCCACGCCCAGGCCCCCAGCUAAUGUCUCUCUGCUCCCCUCUCUAGGAGAUGGCGGGCAGGGCCCUCAAGCAGACCGGCAGCCGCAGCAUCGAGGCCGCCCUGGAGUUCAUCAGUAAGAUGGGCUACCUGGAGCCAGGCAAGGAGCAGAUCGUGCGGGUCGUCAAGCAGACCUCUCCAGGGAAGGGCCUGGCGCCGGCCCCCGGGCCGCGGAGGCCGAGCUUCGAAGCAGCAGCGGGCGAGCCUUUCCCGCCCUUCGCGCAGGUGGCCGGGCUGGCCUUCGAGGGCCCCGCCGCCCUGGAGGAAGCACCCCGCCCGUACCCGGACUUCCUCUUUGCUGGCAUCGGGCUUCCUUGUCGUCCGCACCCGCCCAAGGGCUACACUGCCACCGGGGAGGCCGCCCGCAUGGGCCUCGCGGGCCCCGGGGGCGCUCACUACAGAGCCCCGCUGCUGGUGCCCGCGGAGCCCCUGGGCUAUGGCGUCCAGCGCAGCCCCUCCUUCCAAAGCAAGGCGGCCCCGGAGGCCGGCGCGUAUGCGGGGCUGGCCGCCAAGGCCGCCGAGCCCCCCGAUGGCAGCCCCGCGAGCCCCGGGGCCACCAAGGCCGACAGGGCGGGCAGAGACCGGAAGCAGAUCCAGACAUCCCCGGUGCCCGUGCGCAGGGGCGGCCGCGACGAGGACAGGCGCGAAUCGCGCAUCAAGAGCUACUCGCCGUCGGCCUUCAAGUUCUUCAUGGAGCAGCAUGUGGAGAACGUGCUCAAGACCCACCAGCAGAAGGUGGCCCGCCGGCUGCAGCUGGAGCAGGAGAUGGCGAAGGCCGGGCUCUGUGAGGCGGAGCAGGAGCAGAUGAGGAAGAUUCUCUACCAGAAGGAGUCUAAUUAUAAUAGGCUCAAGCGGGCCAAGAUGGACAAGUCCAUGUUUGUGAAGGUGAAGACCCUGGGCGUUGGCGCCUUUGGGGAGGUGUGCCUGGCCUGCAAGGUGGACACGCACGCGCUGUAUGCCAUGAAGACCCUGAGAAAGAAGGACGUCCUGAACCGCAACCAGGUGGCCCAUGUCAAGGCAGAGCGGGACAUCCUGGCGGAGGCGGACAAUGAAUGGGUGGUCAAGCUCUACUACUCCUUCCAGGACAAGGACAGCCUGUACUUUGUGAUGGACUACAUCCCAGGUGGAGAUAUGAUGAGCCUGCUCAUCCGCAUGGAGGUGUUUCCUGAGCACCUGGCACGCUUCUACAUUGCUGAGCUGACGCUGGCCGUCGAGAGCGUUCACAGGAUGGGCUUCAUCCACCGGGACAUCAAGCCUGACAACAUCCUCAUAGACCUUGACGGCCACAUCAAGCUGACAGACUUCGGCCUCUGCACUGGAUUCAGGUGGACCCACAACUCCAAAUACUACCAGAAAGGGAGUCACUCCCGGCAGGACAGCAUGGAGCCUAGCGACCUCUGGGACGACGUGUCUAACUGCCGGUGUGGAGACCGGCUCAAGACCCUGGAGCAGAGGGCGCGGAGGCAGCACCAGCGAUGUCUGGCUCACUCCCUGGUUGGGACCCCAAACUACAUUGCCCCGGAAGUGCUCCUCCGGAAAGGUUACACCCAGCUCUGCGACUGGUGGAGUGUCGGCGUGAUUCUCUUCGAGAUGCUGGUGGGGCAGCCGCCGUUCCUGGCGCCGACGCCCACGGAGACCCAGCUGAAGGUGAUUAACUGGGAGAGCACGCUGCACAUCCCUGCGCAGGUGGAGCUGAGCCCCGAGGCCCGGGACCUCAUUGCCAAGCUGUGCUGUGCAGCUGAGCACCGGUUAGGCCGCAAUGGGGCUGAUGAUCUGAAGGCCCACCCGUUCCUGGGCGCCAUCGACUUCUCCAGUGACAUCCGGAGGCAGCCAGCCCCCUACGUGCCCACCAUCAGCCACCCCAUGGACACAUCCAACUUUGACCCAGUGGAUGAGGAGGGCCCCUGGCAGGAUGGCAGUGAGGACAGCUCCAAAGCCUGGGAUGCGCUGGGCCCUACAGGCAGCCGGCACCCUGAACAUGCCUUUUACGAGUUCACCUUCCGGAGGUUCUUCGAUGACAACGGCCACCCAUUCCGUUGCCCCAAGCCUGCAGUGGCUGAAGCCGUGACCGAGGCUGAGCAGCCGACUUCGGUGGGUCCGGCCCUGGGGGCGCAGGCCGGGGGCUGCCAGCCCGUGUACGUGUAGACUGGUGGACGGGAAUGUCAGCCCGUCAGGUCAGUUGGCUGGUUGCCCCCCAAAACCAAAGCGGAAAAGCUUCUGAAAGAGGACUCACCUCUGAGGUCUGCAUCUCCAGGUUCUGGUGGAGGCAGGAGGUGUCAGCGCAGCCUGGAAUUAGCUUUGAGGACCUUCACGACAUUAAAACAAUAUUUUUUAAAUCAGUACAGUAGAAAGAGCACUUAUUUUGUUUAUAGCCAUUUUUCUUAUUAAAUUAUAGGGAUUAAUUUUGACAAAUCAUGCUGCUGUUAUUUUCUACGUUUGUAUUUUAUCCACAGCACUUACUCACAUUAGGGAAAGACAUAAAGAUUGAAGAACAUGUGAUAAGAAAUCUCUGUGCAAUAAUGUUUAAAAAAAAAAGAUAACACUGUCCUGAUGUCCUGAUGUUGCUGAUACCAUUUUAUUCACACAACAGUUUUUGUUUUAUAUUUUUCCCACAUUUCAAAAUUGUGAUAUAUGUUAAAAGCUGCUUUUGUUGUUCUGUUCUCUUUUUGCAUAUUAUAGCAUAAUAGGAAGUGUGAGCAGUUGAUCAUGCGGGUGUGACUUCAGACAUCAGGUAUGGAGAGAGCAUGAACAGGGUUUUUCUAUUAUUAAUAUAACGUGACCGUGUCUUGCCAUUCACAGCAGGUUCUGUGAAUACGUUUUUACUGAGUGUCCUUGGAUGAGUCGUUCUGGACAGUGUGCUGAUGCCGCAUCGUGAGUGACUUCCUCGCUGUGACUGCACCCCCUCCUCUCUCACUUCAGAAAUGCACGUGUACCUGAGAGAUGUGACUGUAUGUGUCAUGGGUGUGAUUGGAUUCUUUGAGGGGGCAAAGACAUUUGUCCUACACUAAACUUGUGUACAUCAAAAGGGAUUCACUUAGCUCUGCCAAAAAAAGUAAGUUAGCCAUGGACCUCUGUCUGUCUCGCCAGUCAGGAUGCUGUCCUGUGGCCCAGCCGACACAGGGAGCCAGAACCCCACCGUUCAGACCUGUGGAGAGUUUUCUCUGCAGUGCUUUUAGUGUGCUUUGAAGGAUCCAACUUAACUCGGUUUUAAAAGCACAUUUUUCUAAUCUUUGUGAAACAGCAAGGACUAUUCAAAGUGAUAUUGGAGGGGGAAAAAAAGAUAAUUAAGCCAUACAUAUUUUCUUAGGAGUAUAGAUGUAUAUAUAACUAUAUAGAUAAACACACAAAAUAUUCCUAUUUCAAAUUAGUAUGAUUCCUAUUUAAAGUGAUUUAUAUUUGAAUAAAAAGUUAAAUUUCUUUUUUGCUUUUUAAAAACCUGAUGCAUCAUAUUUUUUGUUAUAUUCACGUAUUUUUCCUUGAGGUUUUUAGCAUAAUGUAUCCAUUACUUAGUGUAUCUCUAGGCAGCAACACUCACAUGUCUAUGGAUGUCUAAACUGAAGAAGAAGAUUCCUGUGUACUGGUUUACAUGUGUAUGAGUGGCAGGUUCUGAGUCUGCUGUGCUGUGUCGUGACUGUCAAUGUUUCUCUAGUUUUGCAGUAACGCCGUGUUAUUUACACUUUGACAGCCUUCAUGUGGUAGGUUCUUUCUCAGGAACUCAAUUUAACUAUUAUUUAUUGAUAUAUCAUUGCCUUUGAAAAGCUUCUACUGGCACAAUUUAUUAUUAAAAGUUUGAAUCCAAA